AUGUAUGAUACUACACUAGUCGUUCGAAAAUGCGAAGAGUUUCUACUGGAAAAAUCAAAGAAAUCAUUAAAGAAAAAGUUGCAAAUGUCCAUGAAAUACCAUCUUGAAGAUUUAAAGAAACAAUGCCGCAAUAAGAUCAAAUCGGUUGCUGACAUAAAAUCAGUUCUGUCAGGAGACAUUCAUGAUUUGGAUCCAUCAAUUACGACGCAGUUUUUGGAAAUUGCCCUCUCUAUCCAAUAA